AUGGCUACAGAGAUCGAGAGACUACACAAAAUAUUAUUGUCAAAGAAGGACUACUAUGAAAAAAAGAUGCAAGAUUUGAUCGAUAGAGGUAUUCCAAAUUAAUAUUUACUAGAAAUCCAAGACAAAGAGUAAAUCGCCAAAUAAGCAUAGACUAUUACUGAAUUAAAUCAACAAAUUCUAUAGAAGAAUGCCCUUAUUACUUAAAUCUUGCAAGAAAAGUCUCAAUAGGAAAUGAACCUCUUAAUAAGUUAACAAUUGUUUGUAAUCAAUGAACAAUACAAAAAUGCUGAAAUUUACAUCCAAGAAUUAUAAAAGGAAAAUUAGAUUUUAAAAUAAUAGUUUGAAGAUGCUCCAUCUUUGAGAUAAAAAUUGUAUAAUUUAGAGUAAUGGUAUGCUAAGUUAAUUCAUGAGAAAAAUCAAGAAAUCUAAUUAUUGAAAACACAAUAACCACAUAUUGUUUAACAUGCCCCUCAACUAAACAUAAUUAAUUAGCUUUUGGAAUAGAAGGAGAGAGAGUUACUACAAUGGUAAUACAGCUCAUAAUAAGUGAAUGUAUACCAUGAGAAUUAAAGAUUAAAUUAAGAGCUUAAGUUUUUAAAUGAGAAAUUGAAUAUGCUGUUGUUUGACAAUGAACAUUUAAAAAAGAGAUUAGCAGACAUUUAAUCUCAACCAUCCAACCAGACUACCUAGCCAUAGUAUGCACCACUUAAAGGAGACUCAUAAUGCACAGCUCCCAUAUUACAUGACUUAUAGAACACAAAAACACCUAGAAGAUAUUAAUAAUCGAUCAUUCCUACUGACUUCACAAACACAUCAUUAUUGAGUUAUAGAAUUCUAAGAAGACCUCAAUCUGUAGGAUCAGGAAGUUCAAUACAUUUAUAGGUUCCUUAAAUUCUUUAUCCUUAAUUUUAAUUCUCUCCAAGAUACUCUAGGAAAUCGGUGUAAAAUCACUCUAAUUAAUUUAACGACAUAUUGUUAUAAGUCUAAUUUAUUUAAAAUCAACCCUAACUUACUGUUUAGAAUAUAGAAACCUAAAUUUAAUUGUUGAACACUUUGUUGCAAAUUAAGAGUUAAGAAUUGCCAGUCCAUUUAACUCCCCCAAAAUAGAUUUAUAACAUCUUAAAAACUCAAGGCAAUGAUAGAACUUAAAGUUCAGGCUACUCACCUCCUCAAUAAAUCAUUAUGAAAUAGCCAAUCAAUAUUUUAUAAUAAAGGAUUCAACCUAAUUAAUCAGUUAGAUUACUGCCUCAAAAUUAAUUAUAAAUUCCCAACAAUAUUGUUAAAUUCCGAUCCUUUUCUGCUGAAACUAAAAGAGAGCUUUCACCAAACAACUUCCAAUGCUAAUAACAAUUAAUGCCAUUGACCUCAUAAUUCUUCAACUAGCCACAAUAAGCUCAUCAAAUAUAAUAUAAAUGUUCCCCAAUUCAAAGAAUCGUUACACAAUAGCAUUUAUAAAAUACAAUCCCAAGACAGAUCUAACGAAGUAUUUCACCUUAGCCUGUGCAAUUUUUACAAUAUUAACAAUUAUCCCCUUAAGCACCUCAAACUGUCAGAUAUCAAGAUGUGAAUCAAUUCCAUUAAUCUAAACACCCACUUAAGCUCUAUUAAGAUCCAUAACAAUAUUACUACAUCUAAUAAUAAUAACCAGUAAAUUACAUUUAAUUUUAAUAAUAAUCCUAAUAAUUCCUACCUACUUAAUUUGGAGUUAAUUCACAAAACCCAAGUGAUUAAAAUAAAUCUCCUAUCAAUGUUCUGGCUUACCCUUAUGAAUAUUCUCCACAAGCUCCAGAAGAUCUAAAUAAGACUAGGCAACCACAAUAACCAAUACCAUAAAAUCAAAAUACUUUAUUCAUGACUCCUAGUAGUGUCAGAAAGCCAGUCAUAUCAAGUAGCAAUUCUUCUUAACCCUUUUCAUAAGUGAAGAAUCCUAUCAAAAGAGAAGAAUAACAACCUUUAAAUAAAUAAAAAUAAAGGGAACCUAAACAUCAGAGCAACAAGUCUCUUCCUGCUCAAAUCUUAUAAUAAUUACCAAUCGAUAAUUCUCAGGUUGAACCAUUUGAACUAUGUAGUGCACCAUAAGAACCUGAUGAAUAAUAGAAAGAACAAUAAACACCAGAAUAGAUUUCAAAACCUCAGAAUCCUGCAGAAUAAACUAAGCCAAAGUAGGAAUAACCUAAGUAGGAAGAACCAUAAAAAAAUCCUAAAGAUCAAGUGAAAAACCCCCAAAAUCCUGAAAAUUUAUAAAAGCAACCAUAAAAACCUUAAAACGUUCCACAAAACCCUAGUGUUGUUAAUAAAGUAAGUUAGAACCCUUAAUUCCAAAACAAACAACCUAAGAAUUUGGAAAAUCUAAAGCAAUUGGUAUAAUAACCUGAAAGUCUAAGAAGAAGUCAACCUACAAGUGUCAGAAAUAGUUAAGACAAAAAAUAAAUUGCUCUAGCUUAGGAUGCUGAGGAGUUGAGAAAAUAAAAACAAGAAUUAGAUAGAUUAAAGAAUCUUUUAGAAUAAGCUUAAUAAGAUAAUGAAAAACUUAAAGAACUUUAUUAAUAAAAUGAUUUGAAUUGGUAAAAGUAAUUCUAAUAGAAAUAUACAGCAGCAUUAUAGCAAUUGCAACUCUUUGAAAAUAAGUUAUCUUUGUAAAAUAAGGAGUAUAAUCAGAAUAUUGAGAAAUAAAAAGUUAAUUUCAAUCAAUUACAAUAAAAGUUUAACGAUUAAAAAGUAACAAUCGAUAAGUAAAGAGAGGAAAUAAAUCAAUUAAAGUAGUAGAAUUAAGAUGAUAAAAAUAAAAAACCACCCCAAAACGAGGAAAUAAAGGAUGAUCUCCAAAAAUAAUUAAAUGAGCUGUAGAAACAAAAUGCUGAAUUAUUAGCCAAAUUAAAAACCUAGAAAGAUACUCAAAUGCAAUACAUGAGUAAACUUUCCUAAUCCAGCGAAAAUUUAACUAAUUAUGAAAAACAAUUACAACAAUAAACUUAAAAAUAUGCUGAAUUAAAUUAGGAGUACAUUCAAUUUAAAUAAAAGUACGAUUAGUUACAAAAAGAAUCUACAUAAUCGAAAUCGGCUCAAUCCAAAGAAAUUAAUCAAUAUUAGCAAAAAAUCACUUAACUAUAAUAGUAGAUGAAUGAAACAUCUAAAUAAUUAAAGGAAAAGGUUAAUUAACUUUAAUCUUAAUUAUUACUAGAAUAAGAAUAAUGCUAAAUCCUUAAGAAAUAGUAAGAAAACUUUUAAAGAGACUUCUGUAUGCAAAAAACAUAAAAUGGAGAAAUUUAGAAUCAAACCAAUACUUUAAGAUAAUAGUUGAUUGAGAAAGAACAAUAAUUAAAAGAAGUUUAAACAAUUCUUAAUACUAAGAUCUAAGUUAUACAAUAAUUGGAAAAUUAAGUAAAAGAUGUAUAGGUAUAAAAUGCCUCUACUUCCAAAUAAGUCUAGUCACUGAACCAAAUUCAAGUCGAUAAUUUGAAAAAGUAAUUGUAAUAAGACUAGUUAAGAAUUAAUGAAUUAAACGAUUAAAUAUCUAAUCUUUAAUAAAAGAUAUUUACAUUAGAAUAAUAAUUGCAAGCAGAAAAAUAAAAUAACAUUAAAAUAACAAAAGAAAUUUAGAGUACUAAAAUUUUAAUCUAAAAUGAUUAUUAACAAUAAACUCAUUAAUUAGAACAGGAAAAUAUUGAUUUAUAAUAAAAACUAAAGCAAUUAGAGUAGUAAUUAUAGAAGGAAAGAGAAAAUAAUAUUUAAAUCUAAUAAUAAUUCAUAACAAUAGAAAAUAAUUACUAAGUGAAUUAGGUGAAAUCUACAUAAGAAAAUGAAAAAAUAGUAAACAAUCUCAAAUUUUAGAUUGAAUAACUUAAGUUAUAGAAUGAGGAUCUCUCGAGUUAAAUUAUAAAAGUGAGAUCUAAUUAUGAAAUAUAAAUGUCCACUAUGAAUACGAUGACAUCUUAAAAUGUUAUAAAUUUAGAAAAGCAACUACUCUUUGAAAAAGAAUAAAAGGAAAACUCUUCAAUGAGAAUUCUGUAAUUAGAAAAGCAAGUUGCUGAUUUCUAACAUAUAAUUAAAUCAGAUUAAACUGAAGAAUACAAAAUUUAAUUAAAUCAACUAGAAAAUUAAAAUUUGAAAUUAUCAAAAGAGAGAGAUAUACUAUUACUAAGUAAAUAAAGAGGAGAUGAAGAAAUAAAGAUACUUAAUGUUAGAAUCAGUGAAUUAUCUAAUUAAAAUACUCAAAAUGAAUUAGAAUUAAUGAAUCUUAGAUCUAAGUAGGGUAAUUAAAUGGAAUAAAUUUCUAAAAUGACUACAUUAACUUAAUAAACUGUAAUUUUACAAUAAGAGAGACAAUCUCAAAAUAAUGAAAUGAUAUUGAUGAGAUAAAGAAUGGAAAAGAAUAUUUAGGAUCAUGAAUAAUAAAUAGCAGAAUUAAGAAUCAGUUUCAGUAGAGAUCUUGAGAAUUAAAACAUGCUAAAUAGAAAACUCUAGGAUGAGAUACUUAAUGCUUAAAAUUUAUUAUAAUCUGAAAGAAGAGAGAGGGAAUUUCUUUAGAAGAGUUAAUCUCACUCAGAGUAGGUGAUAUAAUAACUCAAUCAAGAUAAAUAGACUCUCCAUGAUUAGAUACUAAAAUUAAAUAGCCAAAUUUAAUAACUAUAGAUGGAAAUAAAUAAAUUAGGAUUCAACUAGUAAAAUAGUAAAGAUGAGCAUAAUUUGUUUUAAUAAUAAAUCACAAGCUAUACUACCCAAAUAGAUCACUUAAAUAUCAAUACUCAAAAGUUAAAUAAAGAAAUUGAUAGAUUAAAUUUAUAAAUCUAACAAAUGAAUGUGAUGUAGGGAGAUUUAGAAUGUUAAAAUUAAAACUUAAAGUAAUAAUUAUCUUUAUUAACAUCAUAAAAUCAAACCAUUCAAUAAUAAAGUGAAAUCAAUGUUAUAGAAAUAAGAUCAGCAGCUUAUGAUUCUGAAGAUUAAAUUUAAGAUUUAACUUAAAAAUUAGAACAAUAAAUUAAAGAAACAGAAAAAUAUUAGAGAGCUGCUUUCAAUAAUGAUCAAUUAGUUUAGUCUCUUUAAAAAAAGAUUUCUGAUGAAAAUCUAUAAAAUUAAAAGAUAAAACAACAAUAUGAAAUUCAAAUUGAAGAACUUAUCAGAAAAAUUAAUGAAAAGGAAAAGUUUGAUUCAUCAACACCACCAAAAGCUCAAAUAUUCCCAUAAAUAUAAAAUACUCAUCUAAUUCAGGAAAAUGAAGAGCUCUUGUUGAAGAUUGAUCAAUAUGAAAAAAUGAUAAGGGCUUUGUAAGAAGAAUAUUACAAAUAAUAAGGAGAGCUAUAAAAGCUCACAAAAGAAUAUCAUAAUGUUACUAAUUAAUCUGAAUAAACAGUAGUAACAAUUACUUAAUACUAAUAGUAGUAAGAUAACAUUAAGAAAAAAGAAGAUCUGACUAAAUAAUUGUAGUAGCAAAUCUAGGAUUUAUAGAAGAAAUUCGAAACCGAGAGGAGUAGAUAUUAGGAUGAAAUUAAUAGAUUAACAACUAAAAAUUAAGAACUAUCAAAUUAAUUGUAAAACAAUCUCAAUAAAUAAAUAAUUGAAGAGAAUUUUAAUUUGAAAAAUUAAAUACAAUUAUUGGAAUAAGAGUUGUAGAAUACACCAAUCAAGGAAACAAUCAUUUAUUAAUCUGCCUCUCCGUUAAAGAAAAAUGAAGAAGAAAUUACGAAAUAUAAAUAAUAAGCUAAUUAAUUACAAUUAAGAAUGAAUUAAAUGGCAAGUGAUUAUAACUUAUUAGAGUAGUAAACUGAGCUAGAAAAAGUUUAAUUAGAAAAAUAAAUUAAAUAAUUAUAAGAUCUUGAAUAAAAAUUAUUAAAUGAAAAUAACUAAUAGUAACGACAGAUUGAAGCAUUGUAGAGAUAAUUGUAAUAACUAUAAAUGAAUCGUCAAAAUGACAUGAGCCAAGAGUUGGAAUUUGAAUUGAAAAAAUUAAAGUCAUAAUUUGAGAUUACUUAGUUAUAGUAUAAAUAGAUUUAGGAAGAAUUAAUAUAAGCUAAAUCUCAGGCAUUCUAGUAUAGAGAUGAGUUAGUAGAUGAACAAAAUUAGAAAAAUGAAUUAAAUCUUAGAAUUAUUCAUUAUGAAUAAAUCUUAUCUGAACUUAAGUAAUAAAAUAAUCCUGAAUCUACUAUGAUUAAAGAAACAACAAUAAUUAAGGAAUAGGUUUAAGACCCAGCUUUAAUCAAAUAAGUUAAUCAACUAAUAGAUGAUAACAAUUCUCUAAGGAAAUAGUUAUAAAAUUUAGAGGCUGAUUACAUUUAGAAGUUUAGAUUGUAAUAAUUGUAGAUUUAAGAUUUAAAUAAUAAAAUAAAUCAAAAUGAUGAAGAAAACUAUCAAAAAACUACUAUAACUGAAGAGACAACGAUAAAUACUGUCUCAAAUGAUCAGUCUGCUGAAAUUAGAAAACUAAAGGAUGAAAAACUAUUUCUAUAAUAAGAAUUGCAAAAACAAUAGUAACUAUACAAAAAGUAAAUUGAAUAAAUAACAAAUGAUUAUGAAUUCAGAAUACAAUAAUAUAAAUUAACCAUCUAGCAAUUGAAAGAAUCCAAAGAAAUUCAAACCAAUGAUGAUUAAAAUCUCCUAAAGGAAAACUAAAUGUUAGCAGAAUAAAUCAAACAUCUACAAAAUGAGCUUACUAUAUCUAGAGCCUCAUUUUAGGAUUAAUUAUAAUAAAAUAACUAAAAUUCAACAGAAGCAAAUAAACUAAAGUCAUUAUAAAAAAGAAAUGAAGAUUUAGAUCAAUAAAUUGAAUAACAAAACAAAAUAAUUGCUUAAUUCUAAUAAUAGUUAUAAAAUAUUUAAAUAAUUUAUGAAGAAAAAGAAAAAGAGCUCUAAAACUUAAAAACUAAUUAUCAAAAUUUAAAUUCUUAAUUAAAUAAAGCACCUUAAUUAAGUGAACCAGAAAAUCAAUCAAGGAUUCAUAAUGAAUAAUUGAUUAAUCUUUAAGAAUCAGUUGAUACUUUAAAUUUAUAAAUUAAAUAAUAUAGAGAAGAAAACAAUAAUUUGAAGAAAAUAAUUGAAGACUAGGAAAAAGAAAUUCAAGAUCUAAAAUUAAUCAUAGAGAACUUGAAACAUUAGAUUACUUAAUUAAAUUUAUAAAACGAUGAAUUAAUCUAAAAAUUAAAAGGUUAAGAGCAAGUUUAAAUUCAACUCAAAGAAAAUUAUUAAUUAUCAUCUUCUUUGGAUUAAGGAAAACUUGAAUAAUAAUUAAUUAAUAAAUAGUUCGAAUUAGAAUAAAUAAAUGCUGAAAAUAAGAAAUUGAAUAAUAAACUUAUUGAUAACUAAAAUUUGAUUAGAAAAUUACAAUAGGAACUGAUGACUUAUGGAAAUGAAAAAUAAAAGCUAUAAUUAUAAUAUCAAUCAGAAAUUUCUGCCCUAUAAAACUAAAAUAAGAGUAUGAAAUAAUAACUCUUAGAUCAAUAAGAAAUAAAGAGAUAAUCAGAAUAAAUUCCUUAAAAAAUAGAAAUCAAUCAAGCCCAUCAAACUGUGAAUUCUCCAAAGCCUAAAUAAGCAAGUAAAAGUUUAAAUAGAUCAGAUAUUUCUUUUCAUUCGACUGACGAUUUAAGAGGCAAAUAUUACAACUGUUCUCUUUAUACUAAAAAUUAGAAUGGACAAAAUUAUUUCACUCCUCUAAGAGCUGUUAAAUCAAAAGCUGACUUAUUGACUACUCCUGAAAUUAGUCAAACAAAUACGUAGGAUGAACUAAAGAAAUAAGUCAGUCUUUGGUAAUCAAAAUAUGAAGAAUUACUAAAAGACAAAUACUCAAAAGCAUAUAUGUAUAGUCCUAAUUUAAAUAAAUAAGUGGAGGAAACUACUGUUUAAAUUGAUGUUGUGAAUUGGAAAUCUAAAUAUGAAGAGCUAUAAGAAUAAAUUUCUAAUUCAAAUAUCAAAUAAGGUUAGAAUGAAAAAUUAAUUGAGUAAUUAAGAAUAAAUAAUGAAUUACUUAGUACUUAGUUAUAUUAAAUUUAAACUGAUUAUCAACGAAUUCAAACAGAGAUUACUUUUAGUUAAAAAAGUGAUUUAAAUUAGAAUAAUUUGAAUUCAGAAAGAGUUAUUGAACAAUUGAAUUUAAAGAUUAAAAAUUAAGAGAAUGAAAUUGAGUAAUUAAGAUAAAAGCUGAAAUAAUACGUUGAGAGUAAGAAAAAUCAAGAUUAAAAAUCUAAUAAUAAAUAAAAUGAGUAUUUAAAGCAAUUAGAAACCGAAAACUUUGAUUAUUAAUAAGAAAUAUAAUCUUUGAGAAUUGAGAUUAAGAGAUUAUAAGAAAAAAAUAACUUGAUAAAAUAAUCAAUAAAUGAUCAAGAAAUUAAUUUGUAAUCUGGAUAAGUUGAUAAUGAAGUAAAUAUUGAAGAAUAUUAAUAAUAGAUUGAAAUUUUACAAAAUGAAAUCAAUAUUUAAUAGAAUUAAAUAUAUUAACUUUAAAAUUAACUGAAAUAAUCAAAAAUUAAAGAAUUAGAAUUAGAAUAAAAAUUAAAAUAUGCAGUUGAAGAUUUAGAGCAUGCUUAAGAAUUACAAUAAUAAUAACAAUAAUAAUAAUAAUACUAACAAAAAUAAUAAUAAUAAUAAUAAUAAUAAUAAUAACAAUAGCAAUAAUAACAACAACCAUAAUAAUAAUAAACUUAAAUAGUUUAAACUUAAUAUGAGUAGAACAAUCAAUUUGAUGACUAAUAUAGAUAAAUUUUAUACGAACUUAGCUUGAUUAAAUCAUAAAAUUCAUCUUUGUAAACUUAAUUAUAGGAAUCAACAAAAACUUAAGUUAGAUUAAUGUAGGAAAUAAAGGAAUUAUAAAUUUAAAAUGAAAGAUUAAAUAUAAGCAAUGUUAGACUACAUAAUGAACAAUAAAAGACUACAGAUUAAGAUAAUUAAGUAAAUAGAGUAAAUGACUUAUAUAAAGAGGUAUAAAUUGAAAACUAGAAAUUGAGGAGUGAAAUAUCAUACCUACAAUAAGAAAAGUAAUAAUUAAUUAGUUCAUUUGAAUCUAAAUUACAACAAUAUUCAGCUAGUGCUAAUAGCAAAAUUAGGUAACAAUAGAUUGAAGAUUUGAAACGAGAGCUAGCUUAAUUAAAGAGAGCCACGUUAAAGUCUUCUGGAGUUGAUAUAGAGGCAGAAAGAUUGACCUACUCAACUUAAAUAACUUAAUUAAAGAAGCAACUUGAAUAUGAGUAGAUAAAGAAUAAAGAGUUGCUUUAAAAGCUUCAAAGCUCUUCAUAAUAUUAAUCUGAUUUUGGACUUGUAGAGAGAUUGAACAAAGAGUUGUAAGAUAAAAUUGUUGAAUUGCACCAAGUUAAAUCAGAGUAUAAGAAUGCUAUAUAAAUGAUCCAUUCAUUAGAAGAAUAAGUAAUAGAGAGAAUGGAGAAAGAAUAAUAUUCUUGA